UUUAAGGAUAAGGCAGAGGAGAGAAAAAACUGGGAUGCCUUCCACCCCAUCCUGGUGGCCGAGGGCCUGUUUGCUGUGGCCAACGUGCUCAGCUACCUCCGCCUCUUCUUCAUGUACACCACCAGCUCCAUCCUGGGGCCGCUGCAGAUCUCCAUGGGUCAGAUGUUGCAGGAGUUUGGCAAGUUCCUGGGCCUGUUCUUGCUGGUUCUCAUCUCCUUCACCAUUGGUCUCACUCAGCUGUAUGGGAAAGACCAGAAGGACCCCGCCAAGAACCAGACAGAGGACUGUGAGGGCAUCUUCUGCCCACGACAGAGCAACGACGCGUUCCACACGUUCAUGGGCACAUGCUAUGCCCUCUUCUGGUACAUGUUCUCGCUGGCCCAUGUGGUCCUGUUUGUUACGCGGAUCAGCUACACGGAGGAGCUGCGCUCGUUCGUAGGCGCCCUCAUCGUGGGCACCUACAACAUCGUGGUGGUCAUCGUCCUCACUAAGCUCCUGGUGGCCAUGCUGCACAAAAGCUUCAGGCAGAUUGCGAACCAUGAGGACAAAGAGUGGAAGUUUGCUCGUGCCAAGCUGUGGCUCAGUUACUUUGAUGACAAGUGCACCCUGCCCCCGCCCUUCAACAUCCUGCCCUCCCCGAAGACCCUGUGCUACCUGGUGACCAGCCUGAGCAAGUGGGUCUGCUCACACACCUCCACAGGCAGAGUGAAACGACAGAACAGCCUUAAGGAGUGGAGGAACCUCAAGCAGAAGAGGGAUGAGAACUACCAGAAGAUCAUGUGCUGCCUGGUACACCGCUACCUGACCUCCACUCGCCAGAAGAUGCAGAGCACCGACCAGGCGACCGUGGAGAACCUUAACGACUUGCGCCAGGACCUGUCCAAGUUCCGCAACGAGAUGAGGGACCUCCUGGGCUUCCGCACCUCCAAAUAUGCCAUGUUCUAUCCCAGAAGCUAAGUCCCACGCAGAUGCACCUACCGCCACCCCCCAUCACCACCACCACACCUAAUGCCUUGUCUCCCCACCCCGAUGCAAACCUGGCCUCCGCAUGCUCUGGACCAUUUGUCCUUUCUUUUGGAAACAUGGUGGAGUGUGGGGACGAUGGGGGUGGGUAGUGAAAUCCUGGAACUCAACUGGAAUCUGUUAAAAAAAAACACACAGUAUUCUCCACACCAAAGCCCCUUGUCAGAGCUUAUGUAAUGGUCUUUCCUCCCACUUGUUUUCUAAAAGUGUCCGUCUUUUCAACAAAAUAAAGUCUAAUAAAGAUUUAUGGAAAAA